CCUGCGCCCCGAGGCAUGGCCCCGAGGGCCGUUCCGGAGGGACAUUCCCGGGCCACAUUCCCGGGGCACAUUCCCGGGGGCACAUUCCCGGGGCACAUUCCCGGGGCACAUUCCCGGGGCACAUUCCCGGGGCACAUUCCCGGGGCACAUUCCCGGGGGCACAUUCCCGGGGCGCCGUCGGCACCGGGACCCCGCGCGCCGCAGGGUGUCACGGCCCGCGGUGCCCGGCAGGGGGCGACACCCCGCGCAGGUGCGCAGCCCCCGGUGCCCGCGCGGGGGCGCUGUCGCCGCCCGGCGCGCCGCCCGCCGGAGCAGUCGAGUUCGGGAUGCGCUCGCUGGAAGGUCAGCGCGGCGCGGGGCGUGCCGGGAAGGCGGGGUCUUCCUCCGGGACAGCCAUCUUGUCCUGGCCGGGGCCGAGCCGAGGGACGCGGGACGAUGAAGGGCUUCCCGGUGGCCGCGCGGUCCCUCUCGAAGAGAUUCUACUCACUUAAAGUAGCUCCUAAAGUGUCAUCCUCAGCAACUGCAGCAAAAGUGAAAUUAUCUCCAGAGUCUCGGGAUCUUGAGAUCACAAAAUUACCAAAUGGCUUAGUUAUUGCAUCUCUGGAAAACUUUUCUCCAGCUUCAAGAAUUGGUGUGUUUAUUAAAGCAGGCAGCAGAUAUGAAACCACCAGUAACCUGGGAACUACUCACCUGCUUCGUCUUGCAUCUAAUUUGACUACUAAAGGAGCCUCCUCCUUCCGGAUCACUCGUGGCAUUGAAGCUGUUGGGGGCAGCCUGAGUGUGCAUGCCACAAGAGAGCAAAUGGCUUACUCUGUUGAGUGUCUGCGAGACUAUGUUGACACGGUAAUGGAGUAUCUCCUGAAUGUUACCACAGCACCAGAGUUCAGACCAUGGGAAGUAGCUGAUCUUCAGCCUCAAUUAAAAGUUGAUAAAGUAAUUGCACGUCAGAAUCCUCAAGUUGGUGUGCUGGAGAACUUGCAUGCUGCAGCUUAUAAAAAUGCUCUGGCAAACCCCUUGUAUUGUCCAAAGUACAGAGUUGGAAAAAUUACUUCUGAGCAGCUUCACAAUUUUGUACAGAACAAUUUCACAAGUUCAAGAAUGGCUCUCGUAGGAAUAGGUAUAAAGCACUCUACCUUAAAGCAAAUUGCAGAGCAAUUCCUAAAUAUCCGAAGUGGAUCUGGUACUCCUGGUGCAAAGGCUGUUUAUAGAGGGGGAGAAAUCAGGAAACAGACUGGUGAUAGCCUUGUCCAUGCUGCUGUUGUAGCAGAAGGAGCUAUUGUUGGGAGCCCAGAAGCAAAUGCCUUCAGUGUCCUUCAGUAUGUUCUAGGUGCUGGGCCUCUUGUCAAGAGGGGAAGCAGUGUUACCAGCAAAUUGGUCCAGGGUGUUGCUAAAGCAACCAGCCAGCCAUUUGAUGUUUCUGCGUUUAAUGUUAAUUACUCUGAUUCUGGGCUCUUUGGGAUUUAUACCAUAUCCCAGGCUCCAGAUGCUAGGGAGGUCAUUAAAGCUGCUUUGAACCAGGUAAAGGCAGUUGCUCAGGGCGGUGUCACCGAUGCUGAUGUCACAACAGCAAAAAAUCAGCUGAAAGCCAACUAUUUGAUGUCAGUGGAGACCUCAAAAGGGUUGCUGAAUGAAAUUGGCUCUGAGUCCCUGGUUUCUGGCACUCACACAUCCCCAUCUGCUGCUGCUCAAAAAAUCGACUCUGUAGCCACUGCUGAUGUUGUGAAUGCUGCAAAGAAGUUCCUCAGUGGGAAGAAAUCAAUGGCAGCUUCUGGGGAUUUGGGAAAUACUCCUUUUCUUGAUGAGUUGUAAAAACAAAUCUGGGAUGGAUUUGAUUCAAGAUGGACAUCAGCUCUAAGUCACUUAUGUUCUAAAUGAAUUACUACUAACUUGUUAUUUAUGAAUUCAGUUCUUUCAGAAAGUUAAUCUGGAGUAAUUGUGGGCUUGCACUCAUCAAAUAAAGUGCUGAGUUCAUACA